GUCGUCACGAGAGAGCGCAUUGUGUAUGCGGAAGUGUGAGUCUCGCUGCACUGCGUGUGUUUUCUGAUGUGUUUUGUGAUUGAGAACUAACUGAUACGGUUGUGAUGACAGCAUUGUGUCUGGAUAAACUCAGUCGUCUUUAUGAGCGCUAUCAGGAGUAUGUCAAGACAAACCCAGCGGCCACGGCUCAACUGGAGGGCGCAGUGCGCACUCUCAGUUACCUGAUCGCAGGUCGAUUCUCAGACUCUCAUGUACUGUCUGAGUUGGUUUACUCCGCAUCAAACUUGCUAGUGCUGCUGAAUGAUGGCAUCUUAAGAAAGAAUCUGUCUCGGAAGUUGCCUGAGUCUCUUUCCCAACAGAGGCUGCUAACCUGGUUGUCGGUCCUGGAGUAUGUGGAGGUUUUUACUGAGAUGGCCGCCUCCAAGCUGUGGGGAGAAGGUGGACGUUGGCUUGUCAUUGUUCUCAUUCAGAUUGCUAAAGCAAUACUGCGCUGUCUCCUGCUUUUCUGGUACAAAUCAGGCAUCCAGACAUCACCACCUAUAACUCCUCUGGACAGGGGUUCACAGCUCUGCAGUGGAGAGAAGAAUGCUGAAGAGGAGGAGGACGCUGCAUUUGUGGGUCAGCGUUCAGGAAGAGUGAUACGACCUCUGGGAAACACAUCAUCAUUGCAGUCUCGACUUUGGGGUCUCCCUCAGAAAAUGUCAAUAAGUAGAAAUCAGGAAGAGGAGCUUCACCCAAGCCGCACCCCUCUGGGUCUUCAGGAAACUAUUGCUGAGUCAAUGUACAUAGCACGACCCCUCGUUCAUCUGUCCAGUCUUGGGCUUUUCGGAAAACAUUCCUGGAAACCGUGGAUCGUCUCUGGUCUCCUAGAGAUAACCAGUUUCAGUUUACUAAGUGACAUGAAGACGAUGAACCGCAGGGAGAGAGCUGAGAUGAGGAGACGGGCUUUUCUUCUCCUGUACUACCUGCUUCGCUCCCCUUUCUAUGACCGAUACUCUGAGGCGAAGAUCCUGUUACUUCUCCGCUUCCUGGCAGAUUAUGUUCCUGGAGUUGGUUUGGUUGCACGUCCACUGAUGGACUACUUGCCCAUUUGGCAGAAGAUCUACUUUUAUAACUGGGGCUGACGUCAAAGUAAAUCAUUCACAGGUCAUGAUCACAGCCAAACUGUUUGUAAGAUGAGUGAAAGACAUUGGCUGGUUGCUACAAUGACACUGGAGGACUCAAAUCACGCACGUGUGCCAGGAGAUUAUCAUAUUAAUUAAGGGACAGAUGCAGUGCUGCUGAUGUCUAUAAAUGCCAUUUUUCUACUAGCACAACCGUAUAAUGAUUUUCUUUUAGUUUUCACAUAGUUUGUUUUUUUUGCAUCUGAGCCAUUUUCUGCCAUAUUUUUGUGCUGAUUUAAUCUGUAAGCAAAUGACUUUUGAGCCCCAGUGCAAACUCUUGUUAUCCCAUUACAUAUCCCUCAGUCAACAUGAAUGCUGUCUUGCUCAUUUAGAUACUUAGUUUCACUGAACAGAAUAAUUGACUGGCUGAGAUGAAGUCAAUUAGACAGCUGUUUACUUCAGUUUCGUUUCUAUUCGGUUUGCCUUCGAAGUUUCACAGAACAGUUGGGAUGAAGUUUAAGCUUUUUAGUAAAUACUGUAUAAAUGAAAAGAUUAAGAAACCCUUUGGAGAACCUUUGGGCACCCUUAAUGGCACUAACUGCAUCUGAGUAAUCUACUCUCUUAAAAAUGUAUAGGUGCUUGACGAUGUCAUAGAAGAACCAUUUUUUGCAUAAAGGGUUAGUCUGUUUUCUUAAAAAAAAAUCCAGAUAAUUUACUCACCACUAUGUCGUUCAAAAUGUUAAUUUUUUGUUCAGUCGAGAAGAAAUUAUGUUUUUUAAGGAAAACAUUCCAGGAUUUUUCUCAUUUAAAUGGACUUUAAUGAAAUUGCAGUUUCAACGGUGUUUCAAAGGACUCUAAAUGAUCCCAAACUAGGCAUAAGGGUCUUAUCUAGCGAAACGAUUGUCAUUUUUGACAAGAAAAAUUAAAAUAUGCACUUUAAACCACAACUUCUUGUAUAUCUCCGUUCAUGUUACGUUCAAAAGGUCACGGAGUACGUAUGCGAAACUACACCCCAGUGUUUACAAGUGUGGAGAAAGAGGACCGUUCUGAUGUUGUUGUAUGUCGAAUGAUACUAAUUAAUGUCUUUGUGUCAGUUUAUUGUAUAAAAUUGUCCGCAAAUGUGCGUUUCAUAUAUGUAACACAUGACCUUUCCACGGCAUUACGCAAUUGCGUGAGGUCGCCCUGGCGCGUCACAGGACCGGAGAUAGACGACAUUAAAGUCCAUUAAAAUGAGAAAAAUCCUGGAAUGUUUUCCUCAAAAAACAUAAUUUCUUCUUGACUGAACAAAGAAAGACAUCAACAUUUUGGAUGACAUGGUGGUAAGUAAAUUAUCUGGAAUUUUUUUUAAGAAAAUUGACUAAUCCUUUAAUGCUUCGAUAAGGAACAUUUAAGAAGCUUUCGGUUUCACCAAAGGUUGUUUUUGAUGAAAAACAGUUCUUCAGAUUAUUAAAAGUUAUUAAAGGUAUAACUGAAUGGCUUUUGAGAAACCAAAAAUGGUUCUUUUAUGGCAUCGCUGUGAAAAAACUUUUAAAGGAAAACACCAGUUUUUCAAUAUUACUAUGUUCUUACCUCAACUUAGAUACUCCAGCUAAAUAUCAAAAUUAUCCCAUGAUGUACUCACCCUCAAGCAAUACGAGAUGCGUCCCAGCAAGCAAUUUUGGCUCAAACAAGACUGCAUUUGGGCUGUUGGUGAAAGUCAAAUAGAUGUCUAACCAUAGCCCAAGAAUGGAUUAUGAGUAUACGCUUAGAACAUGUAAAAGAAAUGAAAGCAAUCACCUUGAAAACCUGUUGACUUUGCUUACAUGGUGGAAUAUCGUCCAUCUCGCACAUAGUUUUGGCAAAACCGGCAUGUAACCAAAUUCAAGGUUAUUUAUGGUAGGUACUCAUAGCCGGACUAUACUGGGUGUAUUAUUAGCCGUCUCGGUUAUUGCUUGCUAGGAUAUGUCCAUCAUCUUUCAGAUGAACAUAUUUGGAGUAAUUUUAGUAAAUGUUUUGCUUUUCCAAGCUUAUAAUGGGAGAAAACGGGGAUUAGGGAAGAACUUCUGACUUUGACGCCCAAAAAAGUGCAUUCAUUCCUCACAGAAGUAAUCCACACAGCUCCAGUGGGUUAAUAAAGGUAUUUUGUGGGGUAAUCAAUGCAAAUUAAUAGUAAUGUAGGAAAAAUAUCCAUAUUUUAAACUUUAUAAACUCUAAAAACUAGCUUCCGGUAACGACGCCAUCUUGGACAUUUCACAAGAGUCACUUCGUAACGUACCCUUGGCAACGAGUGCUCACUAUGCUAAAACUCCAAGAUGGCAGCGUUACUGCAAGUUUAUAAAGUUUAAAAUAUAAAUAUUUUUCUUACACAAUCGCAUCGAUUACCCGCAGAAGACCUUUAUUAAUCCAUUGGAGCCGUGUGGAUUACCUCUGUUAAGAAUUAAUGCAAUGAAGCUUGGAAGAACAAGGACAUUAAAAAUAACUCCAAAUGUGUUUUUCUGAAAGAUGAUGGACAUGUGUGUCUCAGAUUGCUUUAGGAUGAGUAAAUCAUGGGAUAAUUUUGAUAUUCAGCUGGAGUAUCGCUUUAAGGUACCUUCAAAUGGGUUCCUGCAGGUUCACCAGAGGGUUCCUCAAGUGUGGCAAUCUAAGGAACCCCAAAUAGUGCCUCAAAUAUAUUUUAGCUUUUAACAGUAAAUCCACAUUUAUUAUUUAAUGACAUUAUCCCCAAGGGUAAAGGUUCCCCCUUGGUUUACAAUGCUCCAGUGAGACUUCUAAGAGUAAACCAGCAUUGAUGAAUGAGGUGUUGUUUUUCACUAUGUGAAAUAAACUCAUUGAAGGCUCUUUGAUAAUCCAUCAAUGUUUUGAUUUAUAGACCUUCAGCAAAGCAACAGAACGCAUGACUGUUUUAAUAUGCCGAACGUGUGAAACGGAUAAUUGGUUUUGUACAUACCUCUAUGCGUUUAAUAAAUCUUUAAAUAAUGUGA